ACUUCCCCAAACUCAGCACUAAAUUGUGUUUCUUUUGAGAGUAUUUCAGGGAGAAAAAGACAGAGACACCGAAAGAGAUAGACACAGAUAGAGUGCAACUUGGUUAGAUUUCAGUCAUUUCAAGGAUAUCGAUUUUCAAUUUCGCGUCUUCCAUUUUGGGUUCAAUUCUGAGGUUUCUAACAAACAAGAGAAGAUAUCACAUUCUUAAAGAUUCACAAUUUCAGAUAAAUAUUAUAUGUAUCUGAGACUUUUUUAAUAAGAAGAAUGCCAGGCAUUCCUGUUUCCACUCGUGCUACCUCAAGCCAUCCAGAUGCUUGUGAACAUUUAUCUGCGGAAGAGGAGCUUGCAGCUGAAGAGAGUCUUUCAAUUUAUUGCAAGCCUGUAGAACUUUACAACAUUCUCCAGCGACGUGCCAUGAGAAACCCAUCAUUCCUUCAGAGAUGUUUGCACUACCGGAUAAAGGCAAAGCACAAGAAGAGAAUCCAUAUGGCAGUUUCCUUGACGAGGACUAUAACUGAAAGCCAAAACGUGUUUCCCAUGUCUAUCUGUCUUGCAAGGCGGAUUUCUGAUCAUGGAGCUUCAAGGCAAACCGCCAUGUAUCGAAUUGGUCGGAUUUUCAUCUUCCGAAACUCCCCUGGAAUUGAUUUGAAUACUCAGGUCCAGGCAAAUUUUACACUCCCUGAAGUAAACAAGUUAGCUGAGGAAGCUAGAUCUUGCUCACUUGAUAUCUUGUUUGUCAGCACUGCCACUGUGGGAAACUCACAUCUAUCAUCUGGAGUCAAUUCAAACUCUAUGCCUUCGGAUCUGAGUCAUCUAGCUUUUUUUGAAUCUGGAGAAUACUGCCUUUGUGGGAAAGUGUCUUUAGAAUCACUUUAUAUGGCUUGGGAUUGUUUUCCGAAUUUUCGUUUGGGACAGCGAGCAGAGAUUAUGUCAACUGUGGAUUUGCUUCCGUGUAUUCUGAAGUCUGAUUUUCCAAAUGAUGAUACAAGAAUCUCCAUUCAAGUUCCCUCUAAUUUUGAGAAUAUGAGUACAUCAAAGCAAGUACAAAUCACAAUUUCUGCUGAAGAGUUUGGGGCCAAAGAAAAAUCUCCCUAUCUUUCAUAUGCAGGCAGUGAAGUACCAUCCUCAUCAUUAUCUCACAUGAUCGGGUUGAGGGAAGGAAAUGUAAUGUUUAAUUACAGGUAUUACAAUAAUAAGUUGCAGAGGACAGAAGUCACCGAAGAUUUCACUUGUCCAUUUUGUUUGGUUAAAUGCGCGUGUUUUAAGGGUCUAAGAUGUCAUUUGUCAUCAUCACAUGAUCUCUUCAACUUUGAAUUUUGGGUAUCAGAUGAAUGUCACGCUGUAAAUGUGUCUGUGAAAAAUGAUAUCUCGAGAUCGGAGAUUGUUUCUGAUGAUGUUGAUCCAAGAGUGCAAACAUUUUUCUUUUGUGGAAAGCCUCUAAAGCGUAGGACAACAGCAGACCAAUCUUUGAAAAAUGCAGUGGGCUUAGAGUCUUCCUUUCCUGCAGGAGGGACUGAUAUUUUGGAGAAGGAUGAUGGUAUUUCUGCCACAAUUAUUCGAUCACGUCCUGAUCGAGACUCUGUUCAGUCAAUGUCUGACUGUGAUCAAGCAGUGCUUCAGUUUGCCAAGACAAGGAAGUUGUCAAUUGAGCGUCCUGACCCACGAAACGUCAAAAGUUGCGGAGGACAUAGAAGGUCUGAUAGUACAACUUCAGCAACAAGACACUUGGAUUUGGGAGGGGGAUACAAGUGGGAGCUACACAGUGGGGAAUGCUUACAUGCUGCUCAAUAGAUAUACGUCAGAUGAAAAUCAUGAUGGGUUUACUGCUUUAUGGAAGCUAAAAAUCCCAAGUAAAGCAUCACACUUUGCUUGGAGGCUGAUUCGGGAUAGAUUACCAACAAAGGUUAACUUGAGGAGAAGGAAUGUGGAAAUGAACGAUGUCUGCUGCCCAUUUUGCACAAUUUACGAUGAGGAUGCAUCUCACCCUUUUUUCAGUUGUGUUAAAAUCUUGCCACUAUGGUGGGAAUUGCUGUCUUGGUUAAACAUAGUGGGUGUCUUCCUGGAAAUUCUGAGAGAACAUUUCCUUCAACACUCUUACUGCAAUCUUAAUGGUAUCAGAUUACAGUGAUGGCGCUGACCUGGUGUAUUUGGUACCAUAGGAACAGGAUUGUCUUCUCAAACAAAAGUUUCAACGGUCAAAAAUUGAUGGAGGAUCCGCUAUUUUUCUGCUGGACCUGGCUUAAAAAUAUGGAAAAAGGAUUUGACAUUCUGUUCCACUCCUGGUCUAGCAACAUCAGGGCUGGGUUUUGUGUUCAGGGGGGGAUUGAUUUAUAGAUACUUUGUGGUUGGGAUCCUAGUUUAGAUACAGAUCUAUGGUUGCCUGAUUCUUGCUUUAAAGCUUGUAUUAGGACACCAUAGCUCUGCACAUAUUGUCGCUAGGAUGUAAAUAUAACAGUACCACUUGUAUUGAGUUUACUACUAUAUAUAAUAUAUUCAUACUUUUGCAGAUAAAAAAAAUGGUAUCAAAUUGUUUUUUCUAUGAUUCCUGGACUGGUUUAGAGAUGAGUGAGACUUUCUUGAUAUCUACUUGUGAUUUAUCAGCUUGUGAUUCCUGCAUCGGUAGUGUUGGAGUAAAUGAUCAAAUAUCCUUUUCUACUUGUGAUUAUCAUUUUUGCUAUAUGCAAUGUUAAUGGACACACCACUG